CGGCAGCCUGGUCUGAUGGCACAGAUGGCUACAACCGCCGCCGGAGUUGCUGUGGGCUCUGCUGUGGGCCAUACCAUCGGCCAUGCGCUCACGGGAGGGUUCGGUGGAGGAAGCAGCUCCGAAGCCGCCAGGCCUGAUAUUACUUACCAGGAGCCCCAGGCAGCGCAGCCUGCCUACCAGCAGCAGCAGCAGCAGUUUGCUCCUUGCCAGUAUGAAAUGAAACAGUUCCUGGAGUGCGCACAGAACCAGACUGACCUCAAGCUGUGCGAGGGCUUCAGCGAGGUACUGAAGCAGUGCCGCUUUGCUAAUGGUAAGUGGACGGUGCUACCAGGCAACUACUGA